AAAAAUUACAAGUAUGAUUCUGAUGCUUAUUGGGAAUGCAUGAUAAGAAUACGAUCUUCCACACUAUUUCACCCUUGCGGCACUUGUAAAAUGGGACCCCGUGGUGACCCAACUGCUGUCGUUGAUCCUACAUUAAAGGUCAUUGGUAUUUCAAAUUUACGAGUAGUGGAUGCGUCCAUCAUGCCCGAAAUUGUAUCGGCGCACACAAAUAUACCGGUUUACAUGAUUGCCGAGAAAGCAGCAGAUAUGAUAAAAAAAAAAAUGGAAAUACUGGAAGACGACGCAAUAGUCAUAAAGUAUUUUUUUAUUAGCUGUUUACUAUCCAGCAACGAUAUAAACGCAGAAAUUCCAUGUAUUAAUUGUGGUGUAGGGAGUUAAAAAAAUUAGGCCGCCAUUUAAAAAAUAAAGUUGACUUUUAUUUAAUCAUAAUGUCUCCGUCUAAGGUCAAAUUUUUUUUUAAUAUGUCCUCCUCAAUACCAUAGAAUCUCGCAGAAACAGGUUAAUAUGGUUUCGGAGAAAUUCAAGUGCGUUAAAUUGAAACACUCUGCAUAUACUAAGUACUUCUGAUCAAUCAACAUGGUCGCAAUUGAUUUUUCCCCUUACUUCUCAGGUUUCAUUCUUUGCGCUCAAAAACAAUACUAUUAUUUGCUCCUUCCAUAUAUCUCCAUGCGUCUACCGGAUAGUUAAUUAUUUUUUAUUGAUGUUGUAUCGAAAAAUUAUAUCAUUUCAUUAACAUUAAAUUUUAAAAAUCAUAUUUUUCAGGAAUAAAUUAACUUUGGUUGGAGCGUUCUGUCUAUAUUAUUGAAGCAAAAAACGUGAUAGAAUAAUAUUGACUAAUGACCAAUAUUAAACCAGAAAUUGUAUCGAAUUAUUUCAACGUUCCAGAAUGUGAGGACGACGCGAUGGUUGCCGGUAUUAGAACAGCAUUAACAACUGAUUAAACAACGAUGAUGCAGAUGUUCGAUCCUCAAUUGUUAAAUUAUACCUACACAGAGUAACAACAGAGUAUAACUCUGCAAUGAUUAUUUGAAAUGUCCAAUAAAGUUACAUUAUUAUCUUCCACAA